AUGAAUGCCGCUGCUCAGAGUGCGACUGACCCCCUGACGGAUGAGAUACAGAGGACCAUCCAUGUCCCGUUCUACGGCCCACUUGAAUUUGGGAAGAAAUCACAACAGCUCUCAGUGGCCUUUGACACAUGUUCUGCAGAUCUCUGGAUUCCUGUGGGCUGCGGCGAUUGCGGGACCCCACAAUAUAACGCCGCUGCGAGUUCAACCUACAGGACUACAGGGAAUGUGUUCAAUGUGAAUUACGGCGUCAGCUAUGCGGAAGGAACUCUUGCGUACGAUACGAUCGGCAUGGGCGGCUUAAAGGUCAACAGCCAAUAUUUUGGUGCUGUCACUGAUGUGUCGAGUAACUUCGAUUCCGACCGGAUCUCUGGAUGUCUCGGGCUCGGUUUCAGCUCCAUCGCGACGUCAGGGAAGCCAACGUUCUUCGAGAACCUAAUCAUGCAGGAAAAGAUCGAAGCACCAUUCUUCUCUGUGCAUUUAACGAGAGGAAAGGCAAGCGGGUCGAAGAUAACUCUGGGUGGUUACGACAUAUCCAAGGCGGUAGGACCUCUGACAUGGGUCUCAGUUAUUUCCAAGACCUACUGGACAGUGCAUUUCGACGGAGCUGUUGUCGAAGGGAACUACGUCUCUGGUAACGUCGAUGCGGUGAUUGACACAGGUUCUAGUUUUAUAUACGUUUCAAAGGCAUUGGCAAAUCUGAUCUACGCCAAUAUACUCGGGGCUGGCCCCGCAGCAAACUACAGCUCCGGCUUCUUCUCCUUCCCGUGCGACUCCAACCCCACGAUUUCAUUCUCGCUUGGUGGGCACGACUUCGGAAUCAGUAUCCAGGACUUUAAGCUCGGACAAGAUGGGUAUGGGUCAACAAACUGCAUUGGUGGGAUCAUUGGCCUGGACGAUGCAUUCAUGGAAGGAAUUGUCAUCAUCGGGCAUGCAUUUAUGAGAUCAUGGUACUCGGUAUUUGACUAUUCGCACGGGGCGCGGGUGGGCUUCGCGCCCAGCAUCAAUAAUGCACAGUAAAAUAUUUUGUAUGAUUGAUACCCAUGGUUAUAUAACGUGUCUUUGGUUUAGAAGAGAUGAUAGGGAACAUUGAUGCCAGUUUCCUGGGAAUGCACCACCCAGAG